AUGGGCACCACACCGACGAACAGCAACGGGGCCCAAUCAUCACUGCACAGCUUCUUCCAGCCCAAGGCGGCUUCCAGCGGCGGCCGGACGGCAAGCGACGCGGUCGACUUGACUGGCUCGCCGCCGCCCAAGCGGGCCAAGGUCGCGCCGACGCCGGCACAGGAGGCGCGCAUGAAGGCUAUCCAGUCGUCGUACUUCAAGCCCAAGGCUUCUCCCAAGCCCGUGCCGAGCUCAUCGCGCGAGCCCAGCGCCGCGCUCGAGACCUUCCGCCUUCCCCGCGGAGCAGCAGCAGCGGGCGCUGCGCCCGCCGGGGCAGCGUUCGGGAGCUACGCCGUGUCGGGGAGCGCGGUCCCGCGGUCCACCCAGACGGCGGAGCAGGAGCGCCGCAGCGAGGCGUGGCGCGCGCUCGCUGACGCCGGGGCCGUGCUCCCCCGCCGCCGGUCGCUAGCGCUCGACGAGGCCGCUGCCGCCGAGCUGCGCGGCGCGAUCAGCGGCGAGGGCGAGGGCACGCCCGACGUCGCGGACCCCGACGAGGCCGCCGCGGAGGAGGUUGGCACGUCCCUCCGUGCCAAGUAUGCCGCUGAGCCGCCCAAGCGCGGGCGCAAGAAGAAGGAGGUCGAGGUUGGGCCCAGUGGGCAGAGCUACACGCCCCUCGAGCGGCAGUUUAUGGAGAUCAAGGCCAAGAACGCCGACGUGCUGCUGCUUAUGGAGGUCGGGUACAAGUACAAGUUCCACGGGGACGACGCCAAGACGGCGUCCAAGGAGCUUGGCAUUGUGGCCUUCCCCAAUCGCAAUUUCUACACCGCGUCCAUUCCUGUUCACCGCCUGCAUAUCCACGUUAAGAAACUCAUCUCGCUCGGGUACAAGGUCGGCGUCAUCUCGCAGAUGGAGACGGCGGCGCUCAAGAAGGUCGGGGAUAACCGAAAUACGCCGUUCGUGCGGGAGCUCACUCACCUGUACACGGCUGCGACAUAUGUUGAAGAGUCAUCUGAGCAGUCGUCAACGCUGCGCGACGAACCUGUCCGCCCGGGCGGCGCCCCUCCGCCCACGAACACCCUCGUUGCCAUCGUGGAACAACCGCUCGGAGGCCUCGCGCGCGACGACCGCGUUCGUAUUGCCCUCGUCAGCGUCGUGCCGAACACUGGCGACGUGGUGUGGGACGAGUUUGACGACUCGGAAGUCCGCAGCGAGCUCGAGACGCGCUUGACCCACCUCCAGCCUGCCGAGCUCCUCUUGCCCGCCAACGGACUGAGCAAGGCGACAGAAAAGGUGCUCAAGCACGCGGCCGGCUCGUCGAGCAGCGCUAGUGUCAUUCGCGUGGAGAGGAUACACGACGUCAUGGAGUACAGUGCGGCGUUCGACUUUCUCACCACGUUCUACCGCAGAGGGAGCGACGUCGUCGACCUCGCUGCCGAGGACGGCGCGGACGUCGACAUGGAGGAGCAGAAUGGGACGCAGAGCGACUCGAUCACCCUCGCGUCUGGUUUACCUGCCGAGGAGGCGGUCCUCGCCUUGGUCGACUUUCCCAAGCAGAUCGUCGUGGCGCUGGCCGUCGCCGUUCGCUACAUGAAGGCCUUUGGCCUGCAGAGCGCGUUCCGACACCGCUCCUCAUUCACAAAGUUUAUCAACCGUGCCCACAUGCUGCUUUCCAGCAACACCCUCGUCAACCUCGAGAUCUAUCGCAACCAGACGGACGGAGGAGCAUAUGGCAGUUUGGUUUGGCGUACGUUCUUUUUGCUCUGCAGGGAUCAUGCUGACAGCUACCAGUUCUGGAUCAGUAUGUCUCCAGAUACGAUGCAGCUCACACCCAGAACCAAGACGAGAAUGGGCCGCCGACUGAUGCGCGAGUGGAUUGGGCGUCCACUGCUCGAUGUCAAUGCACUCCGCGCACGCCUCGAUGCCGUGGAGGAGAUCGUGUCCUGCAACACUUACUACAUGGAGAAGCUGCGCAGCCUUCUCGUCAACAUGCCAGACCUGGUGCGCGGCCUCACCCGCGUGCAGUAUGGCAAAGCGACGCCGACAGAGCUCGCGACCAUCCUCGUUGGCCUUGUGCGCGUCGCCUCGGAGUUCAAGCCGGACGACGGGGAAGGCAAGCCCUUCCACUCAGACAUGCUCAACAACAUCUUGACGACACUGCCGACCAUUGCUGAGCCUGCACGUGCCUUUCUCAACGCUAUCGACCUCAAGGCCGCCCGUGCCAACAACGAGGCGGACUUGUGGGCUGACCCCGACAAGUACCCCGAGAUUCAGGAUGCCAAGGAUUGCAUCAGCAUUUGCGAGAGCGAGCUUGCUCAACACCUCAAGGAUGUCCGCAAGGUUGUCAAGAAGCCUGCUCUAAACUACGUGACCGUGUCUGGGAUCGAGUAUCUUGUUGAAGUGCCACUACGUGACACCAAGCUCGUCCCUCCGAAAUGGGUCAAGAUUAGCUCGACGAAAGCCGUCUCACGCUUCCACACCCCAGAGAUCCUUCAAAUCAGAAUCAAGGAACGAGAGCAGCACAAGGAGACGCUGGCGGCGUCAGCGAAGCGCGCGUUCCAGUCGUUCCAGAGCGACAUCUCCGAGUGCCACCAGCUCGUCGUCGUCUCGCGCCUCAUCGCCGUCAUCGACUGCAUGAUCUCUCUUGCGUCCACUGCCAGUGGACCAGGAUACACUAAGCCCACCUUUGUCAGCGAACCCAGACUCUCAAUCAAGCAAGGGCGGCAUCCUAUGGUCGAGGCGCUCCGCGACCAGGCCUACGUGCCAUUCGACAUUGACUUUUCCGAGUCUGAAGGCCGGUCGAAGGUCAUCACGGGUCCGAACAUGGCCGGCAAGAGCAGCUGUGUCCGCGCUGCAGCGCUCAUCGUCUGCCUGGCGCAGAUCGGCUCGUUCGUCCCAGCCGAAGCAGCCACACUCGGGAUUCACGACGCCGUCCUGACUCGCAUGGGCGCGUCCGACGAUAUUGGCCGCGGGAAAUCCACGUUCAUGGUCGAACUCUCAGAGACGAGCGACAUCCUGCGCACCAUCACACCACGAACGCUCGUCAUCCUGGAUGAACUCGGCCGUGGCACAAGCACGUUUGAUGGCGUGGCAAUCGCCUAUGCCACGCUCGCACACCUCGCACAGGCAGGCUGCAACUCGCUGUUCGUCACGCACUACCCGCUGGUCGCGGAGCAGCUCGCCGCAGAGUUCCCGGACCAAGUGAGCAACUGGCACAUGGCGUUCGACGAGCGGCGCGCACCAGACGGCCACGCAGAGAUCACCUUCCUGUACCACCUGAAACGCGGCCUCGCCGAGGCGUCGUUCGGCGUGUGGUGUGCCCGUCUCGCUGGCCUCCCGGCCUCCAUCCUCGACCGCGCCCAGUCGCGCGCCGACGACCUCAAGCGCGAGACGGAUAACCGCUCCGCUGCGGCUCUCGCGCGGCGCGCCAAAGUCCUGCUUGAUGACCUCGCGUCGCCGAACCCAACACCUGCAAGUGUCCUCCGCCACGCAGAGAUGCUUGCCACUGCUCUCGCCAUCGUGCGAUAG